AUGAAGUCUACCAUCGUUCAGUGUCCUUUGGCUGUUGCGUCGGGGCCCGCCGACGCGAGUCGCAUCAUCAACAGCCCACGUGAAUAUCAGCUGGAGCUCUUCGAACAAGCGAAAAGGCAAAAUACUAUCGUGGUGCUCGACACUGGUUCUGGCAAGACCCUUAUAGCUGCUCUGCUCCUACGUCACACCAUCGACCAGGAAUAUGAAGAUAGAAAACAGGGACAUCCGCACAGAAUAUCUGUGUUCUUGGUCGACAAAAUCGCUUUAGCCAAGCAACAACACCGUGUUCUCAAAGAAAAUCUUGACUGCAAUAUCGCAUGCUUCGCCGGUGACAACGACCCAAGAGAUCACGAUUUCUGGAAACAGCAGCUCGAGAAUAACCUGGUCAUUGUGUGUGUUGGGGCGGUGCUUCAAAACUGCCUUCACCGCGCGUACAUAAGAAUGGAGCAGAUUAACCUGCUCAUCUUUGAUGAAGCACAUCACGCAAAGCGGGAGCAUCCAUACGCACGGAUCGUCACAGACUUUUUCGUGCCGCUCGCGAAUACUGGCCAUAGACUCCCGCGCAUUUUCGGCAUGACUGCAUCGCCCGUCGACGCCAAAACAGACUUUGAUCAAGCAGCGUCCGACUUGGAAACACUGCUUCAUAGCAAAAUUGCUACCGUCGGGGACCUAUCCGUCUUCCAAAACUCCGUCCACAAAGCAGAAGAACACACGAUUGAAUACGGAAUGUCAUGUAAUGCGUUCGAGACGGCACUUUCGCAGAGACUGAGGCCACUUCUUGGUAAUCUUCCCGCCGUGGCAAAAUUAUUUGUCAACGCCCAGCUCUGUACCUCGGAGCUCGGACCGUGGUGUGCAGAUCACAUGUGGCGACUGGCCUUCGAUGAAAGAGGAGAAGGCUUGAAAAGGCUACAGAUGAAAGUCGAGUACGAGAUCCAUGACAUUGCGGCCAGAGAUGAUGCCGUGGAGGCGGCGCAAGCAGCACAAGGCUUUGUGGAUACGCACAGAUUUGUUGACUUGGCCUCAUCGCCGCUCCUGGUUUCCAACAAAGUCCAUCAAGUCUUCCGCCUGCUGCAAGACGCUUUUCGCCCCAGUUUCGACAAAUGCGUAAUCUUCGUUGCCAAGCGAUAUAUCGCGGUCCUGUUGGUAGAACUUCUAGAGAGCGAAGCAAUGAGGAUAACGGGCGUCAGUGCCGCAAAAAUGAUCGGAACUGGCAAAGCCGGCUGGGGAGAACCGACGAUGACCAUUCGCGAGCAGAUUCUAACUGUGCUGAGAUUUCUUCGCGGCGAUGUCAACGUUCUUGUUGCUACUUCUGUGGCCGAAGAAGGCCUAGACAUACCUGACUGUAACAUGGUUGUUCGCUUCGAUCCAUGCAGCACCAUGAUCCAAUAUGUCCAGUCACGAGGCCGAGCUCGACAAGCGCAAUCCAGGCUUUACCAUCUUGUCCAGGCUGGACACCAUGGCCACCGUGCACUGCUGUCAGAUAUUCAGGAGCAAGAAGCCCAGAUGCGUAAAUUCUGCGCUACGCAGCCCGAGGAUCGCAGAGUCGACGCAGUCUGUGUGGACGAGCUUUACCCCAAGCGCGCCGAGGAACGGAGAUUUACGAUCCCUUCCACUGGCGCAAAAUUGACCUAUCGAGUCAGCCUCGAUAUACUUGCUAGCUUUGUGCAAUCACUGCCAAGAGGUGAGUCUACAAGAGUGCCCGCCCCUGAGUACACCGUGCGUUCAGCGGCCGGGUCCUUGUUUCUCGCAGAAGUACGGCUGCCCGACGUCGCCCCAAUCACAUACAAGGUUGGGAAAAGGGAAAGUUCAAAACAACUGGCGAGAUGCGCGGCUGCUUUUGAAAUGUGCAAAGAGCUCAGGGCUCAGAAGUGCCUAGAUGAGUGGUUCCGAUCAGUUUUCACCAAGAACCUCCCAGCCAUGCGAAACAAGCGUCUGGCUUUGACCUCGACGAAAGUGUCAGAAUAUGAAAUACAGAUCAAGCCGAGCAUCUGGUCGACGAUCGGCUUUCCCGGCGACGAACUUCAUGUCACCAUAAUCACGCUGGCAACGCCAUCAGCACUUGGUAGAGCGUCACUCCCCCUAGCUUUCUUGUCUCGAUCACCCAUGCCGAUGAUAGGGGAUAUUCCGCUUUUCUUUGCUAACAAAGGGUCAUCUCUUGUUCGAUUUGUGCCAAUGGAGUCGGCCAUGAGAGUCACGAAGGAGCAAGUUGUCACAUUCACAAACUUCACCCUACGAAUCUUCCGAGAUGUGUUCAGCAAGGAAUACGCCGCCGAGCCCGGAAGUCUGCCAUACUAUCUCGCCCCCGUCCAACAAGGCCAUUCUCAUGACUUUGCCGGGUCGAGAGGCGACAUGAGCUCGUUACUUGACUGGGACCAGCUCGAUGUCGUUGGUUCGACGGACUACCUCAAUACCACAGAGGUGGCUGGCUCAAAACUGAGCAAUCGAUAUGUCAUUGAUCCACACGAUGGCUCUCGCAAGUUCUAUACCGUCGAAUUCAAGCCCGACCUCAAGCCAGCAGAUAACCAGCUUUCAAGCGCACCAAGAUCGGCACGUGUGACAAAGGCUACAAAAGCUGCCGCCAAUGACAUUUGGAACUAUAGUGUCAGCUUGUGGUCAAGCUCAAGAAGCAAUAUACAAAGAAAUGAGCAUCUUCAAGUGGUCGAGGCUGAGCUUAUCACCAUCCGUCAGAAUCUUCUCGACAGCACGGAACAAGUAGAGCCAAAUGGCACAUGCUACCUGGUCUUUGAAACACUCAAGAUCUCUGCACUCAGACCGGAUGUUGUGGCAAUGGCUUACCUCCUGCCCGCCGUGAUCUACCGUCUCGACUCUACGUUGAUCGCUUUCGAGGCCUGUGCCAGCACGGGCCUUUCCGCCAUUACCCCGUCUCUAGCCCUGACGGCCUUGACCAAGACCAGCGACAACACCGGGGAACACGAUCAGGAACAGAUUAACUUCCAACCAGGAAUGGGCGAAAACUACGAGAGGCUCGAGUUUCUCGGAGACUCCUUCUUGAAGAUGAGCACCACGAUUGCGCUCUUCGCACAUGCCCCACGAGACAGCGAGUUCUUCCAGCAUGUGAACCGCAUGGUUCUCAUCAACAACGGAAAUCUGUACCAGCAAGGACUAGAGUUUGGCCUUCCGGAAAAGAUCAGGUCGCGAGCGUUCAAUCGGAGACUAUGGUAUCCGGAAGGUCUCGUACUCCUCCACGGCAAGCAAAAUGUCAGCAGACUCGGAAGCCGACUGGCCCAGAAGACGCGGCACACGUUGGCGGCCAAGACCAUUGCGGAUGUCUGCGAAGCUCUCAUCGGUGCCGCAUACCUGACAGCACAGCAACAGGGCAACAUGGACCUCGCAGUAUUGGCCGUUACCAAGUUUGUGAAAGACAAGGAGCAGAAGCAUACCAUGGAGAAAUGGGCGGGCUUCUACCCAAUGUACAAGGUUCCCGACUGGCAGACUGCGCAGCCUUCUGCAGCUCAACAACGUCUCGCGGAGGCGCUGAAGCAGGAACUAGGCCAUGUUUUCAGGAGCCCAGCUCUGGCGCGUUGUGCCUUUACACAUCCAAGCUACAGCAAUGCGCUGGAAGGCCUGCCCCACUACGAGCAGCUCGAGUUCCUUGGAGACGCGCUCCUGGACAUGGUUUGCGUGGACCAUCUCUUCCGGCACUAUCCUGCGGCUGAUCCGCAGUGGCUGACGGAGCACAAGAUGGCCAUGGUUUCGAACCAGUUCCUGGCCUUUCUCUGCGUGUCGCUGGGCCUGCACCGACACAUGCUCUCGAUGGACAUGAGCUUGGGCAGGGCUAUCACGCAGUACGUCGAAGCCGUGGCGCUUGCUCGGGAGGAUGCAGAGACCAGAGCCGAGGCGGCCGGGCUCGCGCGGCAGGACUGUGCAAGCGACUUCUGGAUGCAGCUUCACAAGCCGCCCAAGGCACUGGGCGACGUCGUCGAGGCGUACCUCGGCGCCAUCUUUGUCGACUCGGAGUUCGAUUUCAGCAGGGUCCGGGAAUUCUUCACGACACACAUCCUGCCUUACUUCCUGGACAUGCAAAUCUACGAUGCGUACGCGGGCAAGCAGCCCAUCACGCUGAUGCUGAACAUCCUGCAGGAGCGCUUCCACUGCCAGCAGGCGCGGAUCAUGAGCCGCACUGUGCCCAAGGCGGAUGCGGCCGCCAAGAUCAUGGAAGAUGAGGGCGCCUGUGUCAUCAUGAUCCACGGCGUGAUUGUGCAGCAUGGCGUGGCUGCGAGCGAGAGAUAUGCCAAGAUCAAGGCGGCCAAGGAGCUCAACAAGGUCAUUGAGGACAUGGGCGUCGCCGAGUACAGGAAGAAGUACGGCUGUACCUGCAGGCCCGCUGCGUGA